CAAUGAAAGGUGUCCCCAAAAGGGCACCGUGUUCUAGGUUAGGAAAAUAAUGAAAAUUUCCAUUAUAUCCAGUUAUGUUUGUGAAUCUUUAAAGCUGUUCCUCCUUUUACCUCAUAAAGUAAGCCCCAAUAAAUUACAUCAAUUCUACAAGUUGUAAUAAAUAAAUAAAAUAUUUGAUCGCCAUUUAUUGAAAUAUGAUUUUAUGAAGUCGUAAUUUCGUAAUGAAAGUUUCAGAUUACGAUGAGUACUAUAUAUUUUGCCGAUACUAUCGAUGUCAAACAAUGUCGCCGACCUUCAAGACAAAAUUGCCUUCGCAAACGGAAAGCGCUGAUUUUGUCUCGGAAGAAUGGUCCAAGGACGUUCCUACGUAUCGCUCAUCUCAUGAAACAGGCCCCACGACUCCCUAUUCAUUGAAGCUUUACAAUUUGUUCAUCAGUUGCUCCCCGGUAACCGGCGUCAACUUGUUCAAAUCAAACCAAUAACGCGGCCAACAAGGGAACACUUAAUUUUCAUUGCGAAAAGGCGAAACUAUUUGCAUUCUCCUCUGUAACGCGUUUAAGAAAAAGAAAGAAUUAUCAUGUCUGGAACUUUUGUAGUUUCUCUGUUUGGGUCGUCUUUGUUCGUUUCUAUUCUUCCUUCAUGGUUUCUCCAUUCUUUCAAGGGUCGUUCUUUCAGUUGUUCAACCAGAGGGCAAUCAGAAGAGGGAACACAUGCAAACAUGAUGAAAACGACCGUUUGGUUUACCCUUAUUGUCAUCAUCUAUUUGUUUGGUCUCAAGGAGGAUGACUUUGUUACGUCACACAACAGGACUCUCACUUUCUCCUUCCCAAACGUCCAUCUUUAUUUUUUAAAUGGGAGUGAUAAUAAUGGCAGUGAGAAUAAAUCCUCUCAAACACUGUAUCAAAACCUGGUUACCGGCUCAUUAAUGUGAUAAAUAAUGGUAACAAAUACAAUGUUUCCACGUUCAAUUCUAUUUUAAUUAAAAAAAAAACCAGAGAGAAAUGUCGUCCCGGCUCUCCAAACAGAGAGAUGGGAAAAUUGAUUUUCCCUUAAAUGAGGCUAUGAUUAUUUCAUCUUUACUGACAUGCCAAGCCUAAUCUUGAUUGCUAAAGAUCAAAUGGAGAUAGCAUUGAUUUGUUAAAGCAUAUAGUUGCUAAUACGAGCUCGGCAAGCAUGACUGCUUGGGACUUUUCGAAGGGAAACCGUAACAUUUCGCUAAAUCUCAUCGAAGAAGCAACAUAAUCACCUGUACCUGGAUUUUUUUCCCUUGACAGGUCACGUGCUAUCAGGUCCUUUAUGGAUUUCGGAUGGUUACAUUAUACCACCAAAUUAUGAUUACAUCUAUUAAUAAAACCUGAUAUUGUUUUGGAGUAAAAAUAUUUGAUGAAUUCCUCUGGAUAUGAAAGGAGUGAUCGAUUUGUUUCAUAGAGAACUUCAAGACUGAUUAUUGGACAGCAAGCCGCAUAUAGCAACGGGGUGAUGGCGGUAAAUCAACGGUCAAUCAAUCAUUGCGCUUGGUUUGACAUGCUUAUGAUGAUGUGCCAAACAGCAAAUAUUAUUUUGCAAGUACUUUUAUGAUCGUGUUUCGUUAUACUGAAGACAUUGUUUGAGAGAAAUAGCUGCAGACUGAUAGUGGUAACAAUCGUGAACAGAACUUGAACGAAAUCAUUUUAUCAUUUGGAUAUUUAUUAUGUCACUAAAGGGACGAGUAUGACGAAUUGCUAAAUAUUUUAAGAUGUCCUCGGCGCCCUUUGCCCGAUGCUAUUACGUGGAGUUCAUAGUAAAGACAUGAUAUUAUUGUAACAUGUUCAUUUCGAAAUGAGAGCAACUCGAACACGGGGAACAAACAUACAGGAAUUAUGUCGCCACCUUUCGCUAAUAGCCACCAAACCUCCAAAAUGUCUUCACACAGACGACCUCACAAAGUGCUAAGAAAUAGAUUUCAGUCUUUUUGCUUUCAUAUUUGGUGACAAGAAAGAAUUAAGAGAAUUGUAUACACAAGCGACCAUGGUACUGCCAAGCAGGAGAUGCCUCCGGUACAACUGCAGACGCCAUCUCGUCGGACUCACAUACCAUGUAGGUUUAACGGUUUUUGUGACAAUUGCAGUUCUGAAGAUCGUUGGGGUCUCGCAGUUCCCGGAUGCAGAUGAAGCAGACGGAGGUGCAUUCAUGAAGAGAGGCGUUGGUGUAACCAACAAGAUUAGCAGACCUGCAGCAAUUGUUGAGAUCGACAAUGGACGGCCGUUUGUCCGGAGAGAAGAUGGCAGAGAGGAUGGCUGGAUUCAGUUGGUGAAACAAAAGGGAACUGGGUCUGGAUAUAAUGACGGUUUGUUGAAAUCAAAGAGCAACAAUCAUUUGAGGGAUUCCAUUGACUCACUAGAGGUUCUCGGAGAAGGAGAGAUGCUCCCCGACUUGUCCAGGAGAGAUUUUGUCAUAAAGAGUUUGAAGUUUGCGAAUCAUCCAGAACUUCCAGACGCCAACGACAUACCGAUCUCAAAGGAACUACAGGAACGGAUAAUGAGCGAGAAAAUUAAGAGGAGUAAGUCGAAGGCAGAAUCCAUAUCAAGAAAAUUGACGCCUUCGAUACAAGAUGAAAAAUCAAAGAAUCAUUCCAUAGAUUCGAAACAAAAACAGAAUGAAGACAUACAAACGCAAAAGGCAACGCAUAUUGAAGUGCACAAAGAAAUUCCAGUGGAUUUUCCCAACAAACACACUGUACCGACGGCAUCUUCUGGCGGAUUAUCGAAUGCACAAUUUUUUUCUGAUGGUGACACAAAAGCAAAGCGAGUGAAUGUUCUCAUCGUUGCUGCUAUGCGAACCGGGUCAUCUUUCCUUGGGGAAUUGUUUCUAGAACGCAAUGACUUCUUUUACAUGUUCGAACCUGGAAGGCUUCUCAUGCACAAACUAGAUGAGUUAGGACUGACACGAGUUGUAAUGGUUACCAAACUAAUUCAAAUGCUUGAGAACUUCUACCAAUGCAAAUUUCAAGAUAUGCAAUUCUUUAUUGAUCGUCUUAACUCAGACACCCUGAGAGGCCGAAAGCAAGCGGUUCCACUGUUAGUGACCGAUCAGUUCUGCGUUCUACACGAGUUUAAGCGCUUCAAGUUUCGUCGUCCUAAGGAUGAAUGCAAAGCGGUGACAGAAGACAUCCUUGAGACCGCGUGUACUGGGAGAGCACAUACAGCUAUCAAGUCUAUCCGCAUCCUGGAUAUCAAUCUUGUGCUUAAACUUAUAGAGGGGGAGGAAACUGACCUGAAGUUGAUCCAUCUUGUACGUGACCCAAGAAGCAUGAUCUUGUCCCGCCUCAAGCUAGCUAUGCCCCACAUCAGGGUAUUCAACGUCACCGAAUUAUCAGAAACAUAUCGGAACAUCCUGCUCAAAUACUGCUCCAGCUGGCACCAGAACUACGAGAUCGGACACUAUGUGCCUUUCGUACAGAAGAACUACCUGAUGGUACGAUAUGAGGACAUAGCCAGGGACCCUUAUGGAUCUGCACGGAAGAUCUACAAGUUUGUUGGUCUCGGGACGUCCAUUCCGAGUUCGGUUAGAAAUUGGAUAAUUAAAAACACCAACGCCAAUGACCAAAGCAAGAAAAAGUCAGUAUCGUUUUCAACCAAGAGGGAUUCGAAAUCUGUUUUGGUGAGUUGGAAGAGCCGACUGACUGUACAAAUGGCAAGAGCUAUUGAAGAAAUCGGGGACUGUUCUCGACUUAUGCAAGCAACAGGUUACACACUCAUCGGCAACGAUCCUCGUAUGCUGUCCAAUUCCGAUUCAUUAGUUGGGCCCUUACCUCUUCCAAAAUUCAAUGCAUCAGCAUUUACUUUUAUGUGAUGUCAUUUUUUUUGUGGGGGGGGGGGGGUAAAUAGACAAAUAUUUUUGCUUACAUUCCUUGCAAAAUAUCUAGUACCUGAUGGUGAAACAGAAUACAACCUUCUGAGGCCCGUUUAAAAAAAAGACUUACAAAUUUGCAAUUACAGUGGAGACAGCGAUUUUGAUUGGCUGCUGAGCCCUGUUACCAUGGAAGUUACCAUUAUGAUAAAAAUAAGAUAACCACAAGUAGUUAGUUUUUACGGAACAUGCCCAAUGUGUAAUUUCUAUUUUUUUUAACGUUCAUUGGAGUCAACUCAAAUUACUGUAAAGCAUCGUUGUGACUGUUGUAUUCGUAUUUUAAGCCGUUAACCUCUUAAGAAUGUGAUUUAUAAAAUUUAAUCUCUUUUUUUGUUGUUGUUACUGAAAACAAUGAAUUUGGAUUGCCUAGAUUGAUCCAAGACCAUAAUGUUUUAUGAGAGUAGUUCCUCCCAAGUGCUGAUCCAGGUUUUACCAGCGGGAGUAGGCCAAUCACCCCCCCCCCCCCAAAAAAAAACACGAAAAUGUUAUAACCACUCACGGGAAGCAUUUUUAUUUUUCGGCACCCUACCCCCUCUGAAAAAAAUUGGGUCUAGCUAGGAGAAAGGGGGAGGCAAUGUCAACUCGGCCACCUCCCUGGAUCGGCACCUGGCUCAUCUUUCAAUCAUAAUUAUUAUAUUACACAUUCAUCGUUGAAUUUUCUAUGAAUGUUUUGUUUUUCCUAAAUAAACUUGGUUACUAGGUCUUUCAUCUUUUAAAGUAACUUGUUUUGAUUGUGUUAUCCAGGCCGGCGGAGCGAAGUUGAAAGUGGGGGGGGGGGGGGGGGCACAGGGAAAAGGGGCACCUUUUCUUUUGAAAGGGCACUAUCUUAAAACAAAGAAAAAAUGACUUAUUUACAGUGGUGUAAUGAAGCAAAAAUUUUGAGGGGGUGGGAUGUGUCGUAUCAUGUAAAAUCUAUAAGAAGCUGCGAACGAGCGAGCGAGCAAAUAUUUUGAAAUUUUUAUAACUAAAAUCCAAUUUUGUGAUUGAUUUUGACAUAAUAUUCAGAAAAUAAUAUCAUAUUUCACCCUUCUCUCUUUCCUUUUUUUUUCUUGGUUGUGAUUUUUUUCUGUGGGGGGGGGGGGGGGGCAAGAGCCCCCAUCUGUACGCCACUGCUUAUCUCACAUGACUCAUGAGACUUAAGGCACAUGGGAUUAUUCUUACAAGUUUUUUUUCCUUCAUAUGUAAUGAGAAUAUUGUUUUCUUAAUUCAAAGGGGCACUUGUUAACACAUAAAAUGGUUCCUUCUCAGGAGAAAGGGGCACAGUACACGUUCGUGAGGGGCGUUUUUUUCUUGCAUAAAAAGGGCACUUUUUCAGUGCUUCAAAAUGUAAGGGGCACUUUGCCCCCCCCCCCUCCAGGAUCGCCGCCCUUGGCGUUAUCGCUAUACGAUUUGACACAUUGUAUACCGGUGCAUUGCAAAUUUUGAUGUUUUCGAUUAUUAUUGAAAUAGUGUGAAAUUGAUCACAAUUAAUAAAUUGCAAGCUCCAUUGCAUGCAU